AUGUCGGAGAACAUUGACACUGGCUUCAUCCAAGUAAGUUUAUUCAGUUUAAUGUUUAAUAUGUAGUAUAAAUUUAGAGCCUGAACAAAAAUGAUGUAAUGUUAAUUUGUGUUUAGGAAUUUCUGGAUAACCCGGCCAAUGCAAAGAAGAACCCGGUGCUUCAGCUUCUGGAGUUGAGAAUUACAAAUUCAGCUCCAAAUGUCUCAUUUAGGGCACGGAUGAGCGAUUCUCAGUUCACUUACUCAUCUUGUGUUGGAGCUCCAGCUGCUUUGGAGUAUUUGCAAAAAAUGGGUAUUGCAUCAAGCAGGCCGGUGAUCAGAGUCAACUCUUACACUACAUCAGAUAAUAAGUAUGUUUUUUUUUAGUUUUUCUUUUUUUAGACUUUAAGCUAAGGUCUCUCAUGGCCAGACGAAUGGAUUUAUGUUUUAAAAAUAUAAAAUGAGUUGCUUUAUUUAUGUGAAGCUAAACUAUUGGUCAUAAUGGUUUGUAUUUUCAGUGGAAAACGCUUGUUUUGCAUGGUGAACAUCGAGUUGAUUGAAGAUACUACUGAAAUCAUCGGAAGUCCAGUAGCUCAUUCAGGAAACCCGAAUGAUUACCGUGGUAUGAACAACUUGCCAGUCCGAGCCCAAAGUCCUUCGAGAAAGCGACAAGGAUCUGUGAUCAAUGCCACGACUCCAUCUAAGAGAAAUAACUCCUCGGGCGGAGUUUUUGGCCAAAGGAUCUUCUCCAUCAAAGACAUAUCACCUUAUGUUCCCAACUUCAGAAUUUGUGGAUUGUGCCAGUCCAAGGAGGCGAUGCGACAAGUAAAUACUAAGAGAGGACCUUCUCAUUGUCUGAACUUUACUAUUAUCGACGAAGGUGGCAAUGCCAUCAGAAUCACCGUCUGGGGCGACCAAGCUUCUGAAUUGGAUCAGAUUAUUGAAGAGAACCAAGCUUACUACGUGGAUUGUCAAGGAAAUGGCACUGUGAGGGAAUCGAACAAGAGAUUUAAUUCUACUGGACAUCCUUACGAAUUGACUUUGAAUAAUGGUUGUUCGGUAAGCUUGUACAUUAAAAACUGCUUUAAUAUGAGGUUUUGGGACAUGAAGGUAUUUUUUGUAAUUUUUAAUUUAACGUCUGGUUAAUAUUUCAAGAAUCAUGUAUGUUUUAGUAAAAAAACAUGAUUUUUAAACAAAUAUACUGUUAUAAUGUUCUAUUUUUAGGUAGAAGUGUGCACUGAUCGUGUAGUAGAGCCAACAAACAUUAAACUUAACCCUAUUUCGUUGUCCGAUAUCAAGGUCCAUCCUAACGAAUGUGUUGAUGUUCUUGCUGCUAUAGAUUCAGUGGAAGAAGUGUCAACAGUAAAUGCCAAGGAUGGUCGAACACUUCACAAAAGAUCCAUCAACCUGAUCGAUGACACCAAGACCCAAGUUCAGCUGACAUUGUGGGAGGAUGAUGCUCACAACUUUGACUAUCAAGUUGGCGAUAUCAUCGGACUAAAGGGCGCCAGUGUUCGUGAAUUCAAUGGAGGAUUCUCGCUGAGUGUCUCCAAGGCUUCUAUCCAGAUAUUCCCAUCACCAUCUAGCGAAGCCACUGAUGAAUUGGCCAGAUGGUUCCAGAAUGAGCGACCAAAUGCCGAAAUUGCCAGAAUUAGUGGAGGAGAAGGUGGAGGAUCUCUGGAGAGAGACUUCAAGAUGGUCGGAGUUGUUGUGGGAUCAGGAAUGGCACAAUCAGCCGAUGAUAGGGGCAUGUAUGUAAACAUCAAGGCUACAGUAAACUCGAUUAGAACUGAGAAUGCUUUCUACGAGGUGGGUUUAGUGUUUUUAUUUUACUAGAGACUUUGCUUAUCAAUAUUAUUGUAUUUUGUCUAGUAUUUAUUAAAAGCAUUUGCUAUAGAGCUGCAAGACCUGUCGUAAGAAGGUGAACAUGGUGGAUAACCAAGCCACCUGUGAUCGCUGUGGACCUGGAGUAGAGUCCAAGUACGUUUAUAUGUUGGCGAUGGAAGUUGUCGACUUUACUGGUGCAACAUGGAUAACGUUGUUCGACGAAGCUGCUCAAUCUCUGCUGGGUAUUCCAGCUAACGAUCUCCAACAGAUGUGCAUUGACGAUGUAAGUUCAGUAAUGUCGUUUUUUGAAUGUCAGCUUCGAUUGUUAAAGAUUCUUGUGGUAUUAUAAUAUGCUUUAUGUUUAGAAGGACGCUUACGACAGUGUGUUUGACAAGAUCAGAUUCAACGAGUACGUCUUCAGAUGCCGUGUAAAAUACGAAACCUUUAACGUGAGUUUUCUUUCUUCUUGUGUUAUUAAGGUUCUUUUGUAGUUCAUAUUGACUGAUAACGUUAUUUUAGGAUCGACAGAACUUGCGCUGGACCGCGAUGCAAGUGAAUCCUGUGAACUACGAAAAGUUCUGCCAGAUGUUUGAAAAGUCACUUAAUGUAAUGAACAAUCUGUAA